CUCGCAGAGGAUCUGUCAAUAUGUACAAACAAACAAAAGUGCAAACAAGCUGACAUUGAAAUGAGCUGGGCCUUACUUAAGUCAAUAGUCUGAUCACCCUAGUAUUUUGCCUGUUGCCUGGAACUGUCUCAUGUUCUAUUUAGCUGCUGUUUAACAUUUGGAUGUUAAGUGAAAUGGUUUCACUAACAUUGUCAUUCAUGAGAAAAUGUGUUUUUUUAUGUCUUGCCUAAAUGCUUUCCGAGAAAUUAUUUUAUCCAUGAGUUGAUCAAAGCAUGUUUGAGAAUUCAAACGCUGCGUGUCAGACCAAGCUUCAAACAGCCAAGUCAGCCCCAGCCCUGAACCGCCGCUCGUUUGGCUACACCUCGGGACUAGCAGGCCCAGCAGAUGGCCCUGGGGCUAGUGGGCCUAAGUCUGGCAGUAGUCAGCACCUGAAAAAUGCCCUCAACCUGGGCAAGGCCAUGGGCGCCCGGGUGAACGACCUUCUACGCCGGAAGGACCCCAGCAGCCUGGGGGACAUCGGCGUGACAGAGGUCAACAAGAACGUGGGAGCCGUGUGGACCUGCGUGGAGAGUGACUCCCAGUGCAUCACAGCUAACAGCCACGUCACGCUCGAUUCCUUCCCUCGACUGGACCCUCCCCCUCCCACCAGCAAGAAGCGCCUUCCACGUGCCCUGAAAACCACUCAGGACAUGAUGAUUUCCUCCUCGCCCGUGGUGGCCGGCCCUGAGGCCUCCGAGCCCUGCGCGUCCUCACCCCUCAAAGCCCCCCUCGUCCUGACGGACAGGUCCAAGCAGCGGCCAGAGGAGGAAGAGGACACGGGGCGGGAGCCAGAGAGGCACUCCACCCCCCCUCUUAACUGUGCCCUUCAACAGGAAGUUGGGGAACCGGGGGAACCGGAGGCCUUGGGCUUGGAGGAGCCGAAGGAGAAGAACGGGGAGGGCCCAUCGCAGCUCCUCCUCUCUGUACCUGACCUCAUCCACAAGGACACCCUGGACCCCGGGCAGAGGCUGGGAGGCCCGGACGGCCGGAUGGCGUCCACCCCCUGCCCGGGGAAGUCCGACAUCCGCAUUAGCAUGGGCGAGGACGACCUUCUGGACAACGGUUCAGUGGACUCAGGCGUGCCAAGGCAACGGUCCUCCAGCGUGGACAAUGAGGAGCCGCACCCAGACCUGCUGUCCUUCGAGUAGCUGCCCUGACCUGCUGUCCUUCCAGUAGCUGCCCUGACCUGCUGUCCUUCCAGUAGCUACCCUGACCUCACCUUCUCCCCGACUUCCUGCUGUGCAGUGACUCAGCUGGAGAAAGGCUGCAUUCCACUGGCUGCAUAAGGCUGAUUGUGGGCAUGUCUGCUUAAAUUGAAAUUUCAUCGUAUGAUCAGUCGUCAUCAUGGUGCAGUGAAAGCUUAUGGGAGUGUCUUUAGGUGACAGACCAAAGUUGCUAAUUUUCAUUUUAAUACUGCACAGCAUUAUGCAAUACCCAAAUAUUGAUGUUCUCAUAUCAUUACUUUAUAUUUCUUAUAGUGUAUAUAUUUUUCAAGGAAUAUUUAAGAAUGUAUCGCAUUAUGUAAAACAUCAAUUGAGAAAUACAUUUUACAUUACCUUUUUCAUAAAGAGGUCUUCUCAGUUCUCAAGUCUUAUGAAUCUACUGCUUGUUUAGAAUAAUGAAAGACCUGAAAACCAAAGUAAGAAUAAUUUCUUCUGUCGUAUUGUGAUGCUACAGGGAUAGGCAGAUGAUAUGGCUGUGUUAUAACACAAUGGUCAACAGAUUGCUGGUAUAUUAAAGAAAACACUGGAGCUACAGUAAAGGCUUAUAUCUUUCCUGAUGAUUUGGUUAAUUGACUACCCAUACAGUAUGAUAAGUACUGUAGGUUAGGUAUUUGUUUGUCACAUUUCUGUCACCAAGCAUUUUGGCUGGUUCUGGUCUGAGAGUUUUGUUAAAAGCAGUGCUUUUACACAUGCUUAUUUAUAUAUUAUAUAUUGCUUAUUAUAUGGACAGGGCCAUAGGGGCCACAAUAUUAAGCUUUGAUCACUUUGGGGCCCCAGAUCAGCUGGUAUGAUAAAAAUGCCGGACCGGAGGAUAAAAUGAAGCUUUGUUAGGUUCCGCAGAUUGCUGGAACAUAUUUUGACCAUACUCGUCAGAAAACGGCUCUGUGGUUGUGUGUGGUUGUGUGUGUGUCUGUGUGUGUUUAUAUGUGCAGGAGAACAUUAGAAUAUUGAAAAUAUAAUGAAAAGCUACUGAAAUGUACACGGCUGGUAUAAAAGGAAAAAUAUAAUGUAAUUGUCAGUUCUUUGUGUUAAUUGUCAGUUUCACCUGCCCAUAUAUUUUUUAAUGAGUAUUUCACAUGAACGAGCAGUGCCUGAAGUGCAUGCAACCAGCCAAAUUAGAAAUUGGAAAUGAUAAGAAUUCAGUAUGUCAAUGCAAAUCAACAGACCUUCGGCAUUAAGUCUGUAUUGGUGCUAGGAUCUAGGAUACAAUUCUAAAAUGACAUUUGCCAGCCUUAGUGUGAACAGUGACAAUGAGAUUAAGACAAAAUGUUAACGUACUCUCUGUUUCACAAUAACAUUGUCUUGAUAUGUUUUUUGGAUGAUUUAUGCAUCAUUUAUAUUACUUAAGAGGGAGCAGUUUUAUUCUUAUGAAACAUUUAUGGAAUCAGUUUUAUGUCUGUUAAUAGCAGUGAAAAUACAAGAUGCAAGUACAUUUUGAUAUGAGAUAAACUUAGCUACAACAAUCAUGUCAGUAUAUUGCAAUUUAAAAUAUAAAACAUAGAAAGGAGGGCAUAAAAAUACAUUUUUCUGUGUUUGCUGUUAUAUGUUAAUAUCCAAUAUCUGUAAUGUAUAACGGAACCAUAAUACAAGAAAAUGUGGGAAAAGUCUGAAAUGUAUUGUAUAGCCUGGGAGAAAUUAUUUGUUUGCAUAGAUCUUCAAUGUCUUUUAUGGCAUAUUUUAGUUUUAGAAAAUCUAAAUUUGACUUUUUUUUAUUCAAAAUUCCGUGGAAACACGGAAAGGUAUUGUCUGCCAUCAUGAUUGAUAUAAAUGUGAUAUGUAAUUAACAAGAUUGUAUUAUUAUUUCUUAAGCUUUGUAAAUCGCUGAUGUUAGUGGGUCUGUACAAUUUCAAAAACCAUGUACUAAAUGAAGGAAAAUAUAUUUAAUCAGAUUAAUGAAGUCUACUGCAAUGCUGAAGCCAUGGGGCCCUUUGAUUUAUUGUGGCUUCAUUUUUACCCAAAUUCAAGAGCCAAGUUGCACCAAUUUCAAUAUUUGCAUAACAUUAUGAGCUCUUGGAUGCUUACCAAUCUAGUUCCAGACUGUUAGGCUGCCUACUCUAUGAAAUAAUAUUCAUAUUCAUCAUUUGGCCAUACAUUAAUCCCCUUGACAUAGUUUUGUUUGUGUGUACAGUAUGUAUGUUGUGUAUACACACACAUAAACGGUACCUUCAGAAUGUUUUCACCUGAAAUUUUAAAUAUUUGCAUUGAAAUAUUACUCCCUUCACCAACACACUAAAUUAUACACAUUCAUGAUGCAAAGAAAGCAUAACCUUUGCUUUGCACAUUUAGAAUUAGGAUUCUUUUCCUCCACUCAUCUACACAAAUAUGCUCCAAAUGGGAUUUAACUGCUGUGUUUGGUUUGUGCACUAAAGACCUCAACUUUAAUCUCAUCAAACCACAAAAUAUUCUUCCAAACAAUGUCAGGAUCAUGGCUUAAUGUUUUUCUUUCUCAGGAGUGGUUUUAGUCUUGUCACUCCAAAAGGUGCCAAAAUCUGCCAAGUUCUGAAGAGAUUGUUUUUUUUUUCUACUUCAGCCAAGGAGCUCUGUCAGCUGGCCUUUUUCAUUUCUCAGACAAUUGGCUUUCUUGUCCAGUUAUUCAGCUUGGUAGUCUGGUUCAGUCUGAGUUUGGUAGUGUCUGUUGUGCCACAUUUCUUUUUGUAAUGGUGGGCCUAAAGGUGCUCCAAGGACGGUUCUCUUUGCCUUUUUAUGAUCGUUUCCACUUACCUGCCUCAUUACAGCUUCCAUAGGCAGUUCAGUGGUCCGCAUGAAAAAUGAUAUUUUCAAUAUUCCUUUUUAAAUCACAAUUGAACAGUGUCCGGUGGUAGUGUAGCCCUAUCAGAGUUUAUAAGUAUAAGUUGGAUCAAAUGCGCUCCCUGAGUAAAACUGACUGAGGUAAGAUGACACUGAAUAUUCUGUGAUGUGAGAAUGAAUGGGGGUAAAUCCAAUAGUUUAGUUUAGCUUCUCUUUAGCUUUAUUCAAUUCCAAGAUACAGUCUACAGAGGCCCUGUGAAUUGACAAGAAAACAGGAGAAACUUUAUCUGCCUCGUGGUUAUUUUGACAACUUCACUGGCAGAUUUCCUAUCUAUUUUGGGCAUAUCCUCCAUUUCAUUUCCCCCCCUCGACAUAACCAUAGCAACUAAUGACUCUCAUUGAUCAAUGCCAGCUAGACAUCCUGUUUAACUCAUGCAUUCAAAUCCUGAUGCUGUGGAAUGUUGCAGUAAAUGUUUCUGUGUUUUGAUGUAUGUGGAUUUUGAUGCUUGGGUCAACUAUGGGUCCUUCGGGAAUAAACUGCGUAUCAUUUAAACAAUGGACAUCUCUGCCUCCUUCAAUAAGAUCUCUUGCAGGGGAAGAAUAACCAGGCAUGUCAAAAGCAGCCUGACUUCAUUAUUAGAUCCAGCAUUUAGAGUGGUUCAUCAGAGUGCUCAUAUUGAAGCACAUGACUUGUACAUUGCCCACAUCCCUCCUUUAUUUGGUGUAAUAUUCAUAUGGGAAAGUGACUACAGCCGAAUUUGGAGUGAAUCCUAUACUCGCAGCUGAUUCUGUCCCGAGAUAGGAGUAUUGUCUGAUCCAGCCAUUUUUCCUUUUUCUUUUUUUUUUCUCGCAUCUAUCUUUGAGGUUAUUUCAGGGAGAGAAGUAAUGAUCUCAUUUGGAGGGAACAAGUUUGUCUUUUGUGUCUGGGGGCUGCUCUGUAGAAUUUAUUUGUUCAAAUGCAUACCACCGUUAUAUCCUGACUGAGUCUGCUGGAUUGUAGGUCUUUGUAAUUGGAUUCAUUCAUUUAAAAUUAUUUUAGAUUCCAGUGUAUUAUCAUCUCUUACAUUUCUUUGCAUACGAUGGAAUGAUGAAUAUAUAAAUCAGAUUGAUUUAUUGGCCUUAUGACCACGUGGAUCCAGUUUGUAAACAGGAAUCAGUUCUGUGUUCCACUUAAGAUUCACCACCUUGUAGUUAAUAUUUUAAUUGCAUAUGAAGUGCUUCUGGAAUAUGAUUUGUGUGAUCAUGUAUAAUAAAUAUGAUAUAAAGCCA